AUGAGCCCGAAUGCUUCGGCACGACAUUCUACUUUGCCGCGGACAAAAGGGACACGAGGGGAUCAAAGGGAUCGAGCGGGUUAUGGAUCGGGGCAUCGUUGGGAUGACGCUUGGGAUAGCGGGUCAGAUGAGGACGUUCCAGCCGGACCUUCUGGGAGUAAAUCGCAAUCCUCCGCAGCUGUACCAAUUCCUCGAUCAAAGCCGACACCGAAGCAUACCCGGAAUGGAGAGAGCAAUAUGCCGAGCUCGAGCUCGACCAUGGAUUCUGCGGGCAAUGGCCCACCAGCUCAUGGCAACAACAACGCUCCCCUCACCAUCUUGACCCGAUCCUUCUCCUACACCCACAUAUCACCCCCUUCUCCCAGCUCUUACGAUAACAAAUCCAACGGCUAUCUACCCCCUAAAGCCGAAUGGCAAGUCCUCGAAACAGGAGAGAUCGAAAAGCAGAAGCCGAGGGAGAAGAUAGGCAAGGAGGCACUCAGGAGCGACAUUGAAGAUAUUCUGAGAGACCCGCUGCAUACAUUAAAGGUCUUCAGCCAAGCUUCAAUACCUGCCACACCUGGAUCAAAUGCCGGUCACUCACAUGACGACAACGCUCAUGGAGUAGAUCUGAGUAACGGGCCUUUCGGCGCGGACACCGCUUCUUUCGCUAAAGCCAUAGGCAGGACACGAUCCGGUUCGAUCCGAACUGAGAGAAAGAGAGAGCGCUUUGCAAAAGUCCUUCGAGGGAGAGGCUCUGAACGAGGAGGGGGCGUCGAUCCUACCGAGUUGAGAAAGAUGGCCUGGGCAGGGAUACCGGAAGAACUGCGACCGAUCGCUUGGCAGAUGCUACUAAAUUACCUGCCAUUACCGACACAACCGAGAUUGGCGACUCUUCAGCGGAAACGAAAGGAAUAUGCUCAUCUCGUCAACCAGGCAUUCGGUCGCGGUAUGACGACAAUGGAUGCGCAAAUCUGGCAUCAAAUUGAAAUCGACGUACCGAGGACAAGACCAGGCGUUCCUCUCUGGGCGUGCGAAGUCACGCAGCGAUCUCUGGAAAGGAUCCUCUAUGUCUGGGCUAUCCGGCAUCCCGCUUCGGGUUAUGUGCAAGGCAUCAAUGAUCUCGUCACGCCGUUCUUCGAGGUGUUUCUGAGCGCAUAUGUCGAUUGCGAUCCAGAGCUGUUCGACACUACGCAAUUACCAGCCAACAUCCUGGCAGCCAUUGAGGCCGAUUCUUUCUGGUGCCUGUCCAAGUUGCUAGAUGGUAUCCAGGACAACUACAUAUCGGCCCAACCUGGCAUUCAUCGUCAAGUCAAACGGAUGGCGGAACUUGUGAAGCGUAUCGACUGUCCACUGGCAACACAUAUGGACGAGCAAGGCGUCGAGUACAUGCAGUUCGCUUUCCGAUGGAUGAACUGUCUCUUGAUGCGAGAGAUUAGCGUCAAAUGUACCAUCCGGAUGUGGGACACUUAUCUGGCCGAGGGAACCGACGCUUUCUCGCAGUUCCAUCUUUACGUCUGCUCGGCAUUCUUGGUCAAGUGGAGCGAGAAGUUACAAAAGAUGGAUUUCCAGGAAAUCAUCAUGUUUCUACAGAGGCUGCCUACAGAUACGUGGAAAGACCAUGAUGUGGAAUUGCUCCUGUCCGAGGCCUUUGUCCUCAAGUCUGUCUGGCAAGGUGCAGAGAACCACUUCAACGGAGGUACAGAGGGCCCGCUAGGGGGAGGUAUGGGCGGCCGGUAAUCACGACAAGGCAAGGUAACGAAAUGCAUGGGUACGCAAUUUAAGUUGUAGAGCAAACAAGAUGUAGGAUCGGCAUCGUUCGCAAGGCAUACCAUGUGUCGCUUGACAAGGUAUGAAAGGGUAGAUCGAUGCAGAUCCAGAGCCAAGCCCGACCGUCUCCUCGGUACGCGGAAUAGCCUCCGAGAGCGAUACCUCGGUCAAACCCCCGAAAGGACAAGUACUUGAUGUGAUACCUCAUCAAAAAGGGAGACCAGUCGACGAAACGAUC